AAGGUUCAACCAUGAUGGCGUCGCGAAUCAUGCAUGGUCGAAGAGAAGGACAAACGAGGGGUAAUUUCUUGACGUAAAUACCUAUUCCUGCGAAGAUUUCUAGAGUUUAACCAUUUUUCUUCCUUUCUGGUUGUGUAGAUUUCGCUGGAAAUACUCUUAGUGUCAUUCCCGCUGGAGUUAAUCCGCGAGAGGUGAGCUUGGCGGUGCAAGCAAGCUAAAAUUUAUUCGCACAUACUCUGUAUCAAUCAUAAAGUUUUUUUCCUGCCCGCUCUGGGAAAAGUGUUUCAUUCAUUUAUUAAAUAGUCACGGAACACCGUACUACCUUUACAGGUAACUGUUCUUCAGCCUGAAACAUGGAGACGAAUACAAAAUAGCCUGUCGGGUUAUAACGAGGAAAAAGAGCGAUUGCAAGCGAAGAUGAAAGAACGAGAAGAACUCCAUACUUUCUCUAAGGAUUCUGUCAAACACUGGGAAAACACGAUAGAGGUUCGUUGUUUUAACUUUUAUUUUCCUACAAAUGCUGCAGAUCAAACAGUUAAACCUAUUAAUUUUCAGGCGAAAAAACUGCAUUCGGUUACCCUCAUACGUGUAUUUGGCGGCAGCUACACAUAAGACUCCCGAUAACUCGAACCUUCAAGGGAAAUAGAAAAAAGUUCGAGUUAUCGGGAUUUCGAGUUAUCGGGAGCUCGAAGAAGAUAGCCGAGAGUAAGGAAAAAAACAGUUUUUACUGCACAGUGAACAUUUUAAUCACAUUUUAUUGUAGAAAUGUCAAGUGAAAAUUAAAAGAUACUUCUAGAUUAUAAAUACAAAACAUAGCCUAAAUAGAGCAUGCGUUUUACUGUUUUUGAGAAGUAAAGCUGCUCCAUGUUAACCUGUUACAAUCAACAUCAGCCUCCACUAGUAAACUAUACUCCUACAACACGUCAAUAGGAAGUCCAAAAUUCAGUGUUUUGGAGGGCAGAAGACGGCUUUUUUUCCCGACUUUUUAAGGGCUCAAAACAUGGUUCGAGUUAUUGAGGGUAAAAUUAUAUAGAAAAUGACCUGAGGGGAAACGAAAAUUGGUUCGAGUUAGCGGGAGUUCAAGUUAUCAAGGGUGCGAGUUACCGAGGGUAAAAUUGCAGUGAAUGUAUGACGGAAAUCCAGGGGAAAUUGAUUUUGGUGCGAGUUUAAGCGUGAGGUUCGAGUUAGCGUGGGUUCGAGUUAUCGGGAGUCGACUGCAUACGCUUUAUGGUCACUUCGACCCCAAGUCAUUUUGUCCCAGUCAGCCCCCUUUUAAGGUAACCUGUAACAUCGCUUAAAGAACGGGAUAUAUUACAUAUUUAAGUGACUGAAAAAUAAGGGUCUAAGUAGACUUGGGGGUGAGAGUGCGCGAUAUAUUUGUUGUAACAGAAUAAGGCCCCGUUUUAUUUUAAUAAAUGGAGAAAACUUGGGUGCUCACCAUUUAAGCUUAUACAAACAACCCUGGAGGGAGAAUGACUCGCGACAAAAUACAUCGAGAUCAGCUGAACAGCCUAAAAAGAGUUGAAAAAUUGCAUUGCAUCAAAAUACAGCCCAUAUUUUCUGAAGCCUUCCCAAAUGGGAUGGCAUGAACCAUUUAAUGAUUUUCCAACCAAAAUUUCCAGUUUUCCCACAUAAAUGGUAAGCACCCCUUGUCUCUGGUAGUAGGGUCACUCGCCUACCCAAGUUACCCUGGGUGAGCCAAGUCUUCCUACGUUUCUUUUAAAACUAGGCAAACCAUUUACAUGAAGAACAAAAAGUUGGCUCUGCCAGAGGUGUGACUUGCCUUCAUGUAGCAAGGUCACUCUUGACGAUGUAGGGUCAACCUCCUAGCUGGGCCAACUUUUCUCCAUAUAAAGUGUUUGGCUUGCACAGCCAGGUCAACUCAGUCAAGGCAAGACAAUCAGAGCAUUCGCGUGGGCUGUUAGCUCGGGCAAAGGGGGUUUCUUUUUUUUCUUACAGCGCUCACUAAAGGUGACUGAGCUGGGAGGGUGACCCUCUUUCCUGUGACAACUUUUCCCAACAUAAAAGGGGCCUAAAAUUAAUUUUAAUUUAGACCAUCAGAUUGUUGUUAUAUACAGAACACUUAAGAUAUUGGUAGUUGUUCUCAAAUGUUCAAUAUUUAACAGGUCAGUUUUCCAUGAAAUGUCAAUUCCCUUAUGUUUUUUUGUGUACAUGUAGGGUCAACGGCUCAAGAAAUUGCAAGCUCGACAAAUAAGAGAAGAAAAGGAAGAGGUGAGAAGAUUUUAAAAAAAUGAUUACUUUUAACCUUUUGAAAAGAAGGUAAAGAUAAUUUACAAGACAGGGCCAGGUUGUUCAAAGCAGGGUUAGUGCGAAAUUUCAAUUCAGAUAUGAAAGCUUAAAAAGAAAAUUCAUUUUUUUCCUUUUGGGCUACAAUUUGAUGAUUGGAUGCUCAACAAAGAAAAAAAUGCUUUUGAACAAAAGACGAAGAAUUCUAAGUUAAAAUUUAACCCCAGGUUAGCGCUAAUCAGCCUUCGAGCAACUGGGCCCUACAGGGCUAUAGCUUGCUGGUGAUGCUGUACAUCUCUAAUGGUCCUCUAUGCAGACAUAAGGACUUAAGUAAAUGUUUAACGUCAUUAAUAAAACCAUCUUUUUUAUCAAUAGGAAGAAAGAGUAAAGAUUGACAUUGAGGAAGCCAAGCACCAAGCACAGAAAAGAAAAGAAGCCAUUGAACGAGCCAAGACCCUUCAGUACUACCAAACAGAUAGAGUGAAGACAUUUCAUGUAAGAGAUUAAAACCUACAAAGUUUUUUUGGGCCCUUCAGGCCUCAGUUUGGUCCAAAAAGAAGGGGAGCACUCCCCUGGAUCGGCCACUGAUUAUAUCACAGAGUUUUCUUACCACUGGUCAUUUGUACUUUCCAGGGUGCCCUGCUUCUAACAGAGGUUCUAAAGGAGAGAGAUGCCCAGAUAGAAAUGAAGAAUGGCAAACUUGAUGCAGAAAAGAUUAGAGAAGAGCACCUCUUGAGACUGCAGCAAAGGGUAACAUUUCCCAUCAGUCAACAUGAUAGUGAAUAAUACAUUGAACUAAAAUAAUUUUUAGAUUUUUAAAAAUUCUGCAAAUUGUUUCUUUGUCAUGAAUUGAGGGGUGAAAGUCUCCAAGAUACAAUUAACUCUGUACAUAAAUUCCUAUAUGUAGAUAAUGUUCAUGUCAGAAGCAUUUUUUUUAAGCUAAACCAUGCUCGAACCCCUCAGUACAAUGCACAUGUAGUAUUAUUGAAGUACUUAAAGCAAGUUAUGGGUCUCAAAAUAAUUGUUUCAACUGAAUUCACCAAGGCUAGCUUUGUAAUUGGAUUGCUUUCAAGUGCUUACUCCACAUAUAGUCAUGAAAAUUUAAUAUUUGUAUCUUCAGCAACGUGAGGAGGGAAUUAUGGAAGAUCAGAGAAGAGCUCUGAGGAGGUAUAAUGAAAGAAAAGCAGUGUCAGAUUUCCAAAAGCUCCAGUAAGUACUAAACCUUUUAGUAAUUUCUAAAUACUGGCCUAAGUGAGAAAUUCUGCAGUACCUUCUGAGCUGCCAAAGGUAGUGAAACAGUGGCAUACAGUAUACUAGGAACACUGCAGUAUUAGGGUUGAACUUGAGGUUAGAAGAUCUACCGUAAUAUAAUGCUGCAUGGUGGUUUUAAACCAAUGCCAUAAUCAUAAUAUUUAAAGGGGUCAGUGGAAAAGGGGUGCAUCUAAAAAUAGAGGGUUAUUCACUUUCACUUCUCAGAAUCCUUGAUCAUAUUGAAGAAUCAAAAAAAGGAAAGGAAGCUGACGUGGAAGAGGGCAGAAAUAUCAAGCAGCAAGUUGACAUGUAUGAGGCUGCAAAGCAAGCUAUUGAAGAGCAAAGGAGAAAAGUAAGUUAAGGUUUUUAUUAGUGAUAACUGGUUUGAGAAAGGGCAGUUUUGGAAAUUCUUUGGUAAUCAAAGGACAAAAUUAUCACCAUAAUGUACACGAAAUUUUGUACCUCCUUACAUUUAUGAUACUCAUAAAGCUGAAAAAUUAUAAUUAUAGAAUGUUAGUUAAGUUAUUAAAAAAAUAUAUUUUGAAGUGAAACUUUGGAAUCCACGGAGAUUACACGUAAACAUUAUAACAAAUUUGCGACUCGUGCUGCAUGAAAAAGGCUGGAACUUCAACCAAAAUGGUAACUAUAGUGAUGUUGAUUUAUUAUAACUAACUGUUUUUAAAGCCCAUUUUGAUUAAUUUUCAUUAAUUAUUUUUCAAGGAAAAGAAAGAUAUUAUGGAGGAACAUCAAGCACAGCUUGCUGAUAGAGAAGUAUGUUUGUCACAAAAUAGUUAUCCCACUGUAGAUUUUCCGCUUUGUUGGAAAUGCUUGUAUGGUUUACCGGUAUGUAGAAAUGUUUGUUCCCCUUUUGAAAUGAUCAUCCCAAUUCCAUCCUACGUCCUCUUUCAGUUCUUAGCCAGCCUGCCUACAGCCAUGUGCUGUAUCUAAUAAUCUUAUUUGUUUCUUGGGGAAGAGUUCCUUGAAGCCCUUUCCCUUUUUUUGGAAAACUGAACUGUACAGGUUCACCUGUAUUCACUCCUGAAACUGAACAGACACACUUUCAUGCAUAUAUUUCGUACUGACUUAAUGUUUCUUCAUUUUAUUGUUCAGAGAAGACGACAACUUGAACAGAAGAAAAUUGAAGAGGAAGAGGAGGAAAUCAGACAGUUCGGUCAAGCUAAAAAGGUAACAGUCGUAAAUUUAAUUUCAUACUCUGUAGAUAUCACCAGAAAGAUAAGUUCCAUUUUAAAUGGCCGCGAAUGGCAAGUAACCCAACUAUAAACUUGUUCACUUACUGUACAAUCCUCAUCGCUCACAAAUGCCUAUUGGGGUUCAGUUUUAUCUGUGGUUUAAAUAAAGCUGAUUAACUCUAAAAAUUAUCAAGUAAACAGCUAAAUGAACAUCUUGGAACUUUUUCUUUGUUAUACAGAAAAUGGCAAAGAUGCGUAAAGCGAAGGAAACAGAAUUAUUCAAGUGAGUACUAAUCCAAAGAUGCGUACAAAAUACUUGAUGAAAAACCGGAGUGAAAGUGUCGUUUUUAACAUUUUUGGCAAACGAUCUAAAACGUGUGUUGUUCUUCUUGCAACCACAUUUAUAUAGCUGCAGAUCGGUCAUCUCUGUUCUUAAACAUUCGUUAAAGAAGAUUCGCUUUGAUUUCUCGUAACAAUUUUAUUCAAGUACACCGCCCGAUAAAUGUUGUCGCAUCUGCUACACUGUUCUCAAAAUACUGUCUCUUUUUUUCAGUGCCUUCCAAGAACACACGGAGCGGAUGAGAAAGAAGCUAGCUAACCAAAGACAACAAGAAGUUGAUGAUGAAGAUGACCGGAUAGCAAAGGCUGUGGCGGAUAGGGAGAGGAAGCGUGAUGUAUGUGCCUGUUUUCUUAUAACGUUGUAAAAAGUACGUUUUUAAGUGUCAAUGUAAUUAGCACGAAAGUACUAAUUGAGGACACCGUUUGUCUCCUAUUGGAGACGGGACCGCCAUUUUUCGCGGUCAUCCGAGCCACGCAAAUAUUCAGCCGUUUGCAGGGCAAAGGAAAUACCUUCAUUUAUCAAUUAUUUUUAGAUCUCUACCGACUGAGUUAUUAUCAAGUAAAGAAACUUGCCUGUUGUGAAAAAAAAAAGCCCACCUGACAACGGACCCGUCGAUAUGUCUGUGAGGUGGAAUUGGAUUUUUAAAAUUCAAUCCAUGAAGUUAUCUUUCAUAGGAAAUCUAAAAGUAUAGUGUUAAAUCUUUCUUAUGAUAUGAAAAUUUUCCUGAAUGUUUUUAGGCCGAAGAAAGAGAAAAAUACGAGGCAGACAUGAAGGAGAAGAGGGAAAUUCACGAUCACAGAAUUCACAUGGUAAUAACUGUAGUUAUUAUUACGUACUACCUAAAGUAACCAAGACUAAAGCAAGAAAAAUAUGUACGGCUCUUCAUCUUUGAGCAUCUUCAUUUUUUAUCCUUAUUUUUCUUUCCAUUUUAGAUGAAAGAGAAUGAACGCCGAGCAAGAGAAGAAGCAAGCAAAGACCGUGAAAUACUUCGCAAGAGAGUCGAAUCUGAUAAACUGGUACGUAAACACUCAGGUUCCUUGAGAAUAACAUGCAAAGGCUAAAAAAGUGUAACCUGCGUAGCAAGCUCUCCAUUUUGGGAUAUCGUGAAAAGUAGACGCGCUAGAGGCACGCGAUAGGAGUCCCGAAAGGGGGGAGCGGUCCCUCGCGGCCUCGCCGCUCGCUCACGCGUUCUUGCGCCGCUCGCUUCUCUCGCCCAAAUAUGAGAGCUUGCUCUGAGGCUAGCGUAGCUGCGAAAACGAGCGUCUUUGUCCUCGCGGCUUCACCGCUCAUAAGCGCGCUAGAAAUACCGCCAGAUACGCAGGCUAAAAAAGUGCAAUUUUUUUCAAGGCUUCACCGUAAUUUUUAGGGAGUUAUUAUAACUCCAAAAAUGGAGUAAAAAUUUUAGGUACAGGAUAACCCCUUUUUUGGGGUUAUUUUAACUCCUAAUUUAACUCCGAAUUUGGGGUCAUUUUUACUCCUGAAAAAGAGUUCUUUUUACUCCCACUCUGGAGUUAAAAUUACUCCGAAAUGGGGUUAUUUGUACUCCUUACAUGGGUUGUUUUUACUCUUUUUGGAGUUAAUUUAACUCUGAAAGUGGAGUAAAAAUUUUAGGUACAGGAUAACUCCGCUUUUGGGGUUAUUUUAACUCCUCAAUAUCUGGGGUCACCUUUACUCCUGAAAAAGAGUUCUUUAAACUCCUUUUUGGAGUUAAAGUAACUCCACGAAAAAUAACUCCACUGUAAGGAGUUAAAUUAGCCCCACUAGAGGAGUUAUUAUAACUCCCUGAAAAUUACAGUGUUCUUCUCUAUUCUGAGACUUAAGAUGCUAACACUUUUUGCCGUCGUUUGCUUUUUUAGUACCACAUGAAACAGGAGGAAAAGAGAUCAGAGCAACUAGGGGAAAACAAGAAAUUGAAAGAGUUCCAAACACAGCAAAUUGUAAGUAGAGUUGUCGCGCCGUUGUGACCUUGCAGAAAUUUUACACAUUCAUUUAUCGAUUAUUAUCCCAGUGGCAGCCGUUUAUUGUUGAAAAGGACAGUCUUCAACGCAUUAUGCACGAUAUAAGUAAUCAAAAAGCGCGGCCGCCGUGUCGAGUCAGCCUGGUAAAGCAGGCCAACCUGAUUAACCAGUCUGGCUUUCCUCUAGCUAGUAUCAGGCGUUUUCGCCCUCCAAAUAAACAGGCCGUAAUUGGUAAGGUCUUUGUUGGCAAUCCAUGGGUUUACACAUCUUAAUACAUAUAUUUCGACAGGCUGAAUUAAAAGACCGUAAACAUCAACUUAGGGAAGCGGAAUUAGACCUGGAUAAACGCAACGAAGCCCUACUCAGGUCCGAAGAGGUUCAGUUCCAGGAGUACGCAAACAAGGUCAUUUCAGAGGCCAAGGAGAACGGCCGUAAUCCGUACCCACUCAUCAAGGCCUCUCAGGAGGGCCCCGGGGGUGGAAGAGGCCCCAAAUAUGAAGGCAAACAAGGUCUUAGACCGAGCUAUCUUGUGUGUGAUGGGACAGGGGUACAGUUGCCUAAUUACCACAGUGGUACCGUACAAGGCUCCCAUACCAAGAUCUACGGCCGUCCAGCAGAAAGUAUGAAGAGACUAGGCUUUACUUGGUGAAAUUUUUGACAACUUCUACGACGAAUUUUGACUUGUAAAUAGUCCUUCUUAUUCACUGAAGUAAUUUUCUCGCACGUAUUUUUAACAAGAUAACUCAUUCAACCUCGAGAAAUAUUCCUGCUGCGCUGGACUUUAACAUCGUUUACACUACAUUCAUCAGCGAUUGUUUCAUGUAUAUUACAGGGUGUAGAAGUUUGCUGGCGUAUAUUGUUUGUAAAUAAAGUGAGGGUUAAAACACUUGUUCCCUUUAUUGUCUUAAUUUUAAUCGUGUUGUCGUCCGAUGUUAUCUGUCAUACUUGGAAAUAAACCUAAAUCAGCCCCACUGGAGAAGUGGGGAAAAGCCCCACUGGAAAAGUCAGGUGUUUACAAUAAAGACUCCACUCUAACCAGCACGCCACCUUUUGCACUCAAAGCGCCACCGGCAUGUAACAUCAGAGGAACUUGUGUCUUGGCUGACCGCACGAAC